AUGGUUGGUUGGGUAGGAUAGAAGGAGGGAGAGUCAGUAAAGAGUGAUUUGAAAAGAAUAGAAUCCAAUAAUGAAAUCCCUGUUUGUUGGCGCCACGAAUUUCACGUUGAUGCGAGGCAGAGCUAACAAUUGCCGUUCUCAUUCUAACGCCAUCUUUUUCUCUCUCUCUUUUCCAAUUCGGAGGUGACAACAAUGGCGUAUUCUCCCCCUUUUGCGGUGCCUAUCGUCUUUCUCUUCUUUCUGUUCGCAGCAGCGGCCGCCGACGAUGCCUCCUGCAAUCAUGAGAUGCAAUUGGUCAAGGUGAAGAACUGGGUUGAUGGCAAGGAAGGUGACAUGUUUAAUGGUAUGACUGCAAAAUUUGGUUCUUUUUUACCCGAGAAUGAAGAUCAAAGUGUCAGAACUCCUGCUGUUUUUCCUAAUCCUAUAGAUUGCUGUUCCGCUUCAACUUCAAAGUUAUCUGGAUCAGUUGCUCUCUGUGUACGCGGUGUUUGUGACUUCACAUCUAAAGCUGCAUUCGCACAGUCAGCGGGUGCUACUGGCAUGCUGAUGAUAAAUGAGGCAGACGAGCUCUUUGAGAUGGAAUGCUCCAGUCAAACUAGGGUAAACAUUUCAAUUCCAGUUGUGGUGAUAACAAAUUCAACCGGAGAAAAUCUCAAGAAAAUUUUGACGUCUGGAAGGAGAGUGGAAGUUUUGCUGUAUGCUCCGACUCGCCCACUUAUAGACUACUCAGUUGCAUUUUUGUGGUUGAUGUCUGUCGGAACAGUUACAUGUGCUUCACUAUGGUCAGAUAUAACUGCUCGUGAUCAGUCUGAUGAACGCUAUAAUGAAUUGUCUCCCAAGGGAUCUUCUAGGGCUGAAACAGCGAAGGAUGAGGAAAUUGUUAACAUAGAUACAAAGGGUGCUAUCGUCUUUGUCAUUACGGCAUCUACUUUUCUUGUGCUACUGUUCUUCUUCAUGUCAUCUUGGUUUAUCUGGGUGCUGAUUGUACUUUUCUGCAUUGGUGGUAUUGAGGGGAUGCACAAUGUUAUUGUUAGCCUCACUUUAAGAAAACGUCCAAAUUGUGGUCAGAAGACUCUGAAUUUGCCUCUUUUUGGGGAGGUUUCUAUUUUCUCACUGAUAGUGUUACUAUUCUGUUUGAUAUUUGCGGUUAUAUGGGCUGUUACUCGGCGGGAAUCAUUUUCAUGGUUUGGCCAAGAUGUUCUUGGCAUCUGUUUGAUGAUUACUGUCUUGCAAUUGGCUCGAUUGCCUAAUAUUAAGGUUGCAACUGUACUCCUUUGUUGUGCAUUUGUAUACGACAUCUUUUGGGUAUUCAUAUCUCCAGUGAUAUUCAAGAAGAGUGUUAUGAUUACGGUUGCUCGUGGUGACAAGGCUGGUGGGGAAGCAAUUCCUAUGCUUUUGAGAUUUCCUCGGCCUUCUGAUCCUUGGGGUGGCUAUGAUAUGAUUGGAUUUGGAGAUAUUCUCUUUCCUGGUUUGCUUGUUUCAUUUACUCGUAGAUUCGACAAAAAUACCAAGAAGGGAGUCUUAAACGGGUAUUUUCUUUGGUUGGUAAUUGGCUAUGCAUUCGGCCUCUUCUUCACAUAUCUUGGGCUAUAUAUGAUGAACGGUCAUGGACAACCUGCACUUCUAUACCUUGUUCCAUGCACACUAGGUGUCACUGUGUUAUUGGGAUGCAUAAGAGGUGAGCUGAAGAGUCUCUGGGCUUAUGAUGCAGACUCGUCUUCGCCCAGAGCGCCUUCCGAAGUUUAAAUCAUUACACUGUAAAAUGCAAAUUGGGAAAUAUAUAUAUAUAUAUAUAUAGGAAAUAUACCGGGUGU